GCCAGCACGUGUCAUUCAGCAGCCUUCCCAGUCCUCACCAGUAUGAGCCGCCAGUUGACCCUCUUGGCCUGCGGGGAGCGCCCGGGCUUCAGCGGCUGCUCCGCUGUCCUCUCGGGCCGGUUCGGCAGCAGCCGCUCCUCCUUCAGAGCCGGGGUCAAGGGCGCAGCGCCUUUCGGCAGCAGGAGCCUCUUCAGCCUGGGAGGCAGCCGGCGCCAGGCGCGCUGCGCGGGGUCCGAGUGGGGCGCCGGCUUCGCGCUGGGCCGUGGGGGUGCGGGCGGCGGCCGCCCUGGAGGCUUUGUGGGCACCAUUUUCGGCAGCGCGGGGCUGGGGCCCUCGUGUCCUUCCGUGUGCCCGCCUGGUGGCAUCCCUCAGGUCAUCGUCAACAAGAGCCUCCUGGCUCCCCUCAACGUGGAGCUGGACCGCGAGAUCCAGAAGGUGCGCGUCCAGGAGCGGGAACAGAUCAAGGCGCUGAACAACAAAUUUGCCUCCUUCAUCGACAAGGUGCGUUUCCUGGAGCAGCAGAACCAGGUGCUGCAGACCAAGUGGGAGCUCCUGCAGCAGCUGGACUUGAGCAACAGCAGGAAGAAGCUGGAGCCCAUUUACGAGGGCCACAUCAGCAGCCUGCGGAAGCAGCUGGAGACGCUGUCUGGGGACAGGGUGAGGAUGGAAUCAGAGCUGAGGAGCAUGAGGGACAUAGUGGAGGACUACAAGAAGAGGUAUGAGGUAGAGAUUAACAGACGCACUGCUGCAGAAAAUGAAUUCGUGAUGCUGAAAAAGGAUGUGGAUGCUGCCUACAUGAACAAGGUUGAUCUGCAGUCCAAGGUGGACUCUUUGACAGAAGAGAUCAAAUUCUUCAAGCACCUCUAUGAAGAGGAGAUUGCUCAGAUGCAGUCCCAUGUCAGUGACACAUCUGUUAUUCUGUCCAUGGACAAUAACCGGGAGCUGGAUCUAGACAGCAUCAUUGAUGAAGUUCGAGUCCAAUAUGAGGAGAUAACCCACAAGAGUAAGGCUGAGGCUGAGUGCCUCUACCAGAUCAAGAUCCAGGAGCUGCAGGACACAGCAGGUCAACAUGGGGAUGACCUCAAAUUCACCAAGGCUGAGAUCUCAGAGAUCAAUCGGCUGAUCCAGAGGCUCCACUCGGAGAUAGGCAAUGUAAAGAAGCAGUGCUCUAACCUGGAGACAUCCAUUGCUGACACUGAGCAGCGGGGAGACUGUGCCCUCAAGGAUGCUCGGGCCAAGCUACACGAGCUGGAGGGUGCCCUGCAGCAGGGCAAGGAGGAGCUGGCCCGGUUGCUGCUUGAGUACCAGGAACUCCAAAACAUAAAGCUGGAGCUGGACGUUGAGAUCGCCACCUAUCGCAAGCUGCUGGAGAGCGAGGAGAGCCGCAUGUCUGGUGAAUACCCAAAUUCCAUGAGCGUCUCAGUAAUCAGCAGCACUACUGCUGGGACAGGAGGAGCUGGUUUUAGUGUGGGCUUUGGUACCUCAAGCAACUACAGCUAUAAACCUUCUGUGGUGGAUGUCAAGACUAAAGUCAACUAUGUCACCGAGUACAAGGAUGCUCUUGGCAAGACGUCAGGCAGCAACUGUGCAACCAAAAAGGCCUCCAGAUGACAGGCAGUUGGGGUGAUGUGGGCAGAAGGCUGCAGAACCCAACCACUUCCCUCUCCUCCCCAGGGCUCUUUUCCAGGUCAGGAAGUCCUUUGUCACUCACCACAGUUGCAAUCCUACCUCCUCUCCAUGUUGGGCUUCCGAUGUGGAAAGCCAGUCACUGGCCUCUUUCUUGGCCAGCUUUCACUGAGUACUGCCCCCAUGCAGAGCUAAUGCACAUACCUUUGGUGUUUCCCCACAGCCAGCUGCCAGCCCCUCUGUCCAGUGCCUUUUUGUACCUUCAGUGCCAAAGGGUUCUCUUUGUCCUCUGACUGAAAUUAUGUUUUGUUCUCUGGCUUCUUCAAUAAAUGAUGGCUGCCA